AUGACCAAAGCAUUAGCAAACCUUGGUUUGCAACCGGAGAAGCGAAAGAACACUGUAACGGCUGUAACUUCUGUGGAUGGCAUGGAUGGGAUUGAGUUGCUGGCCCGCGCCAGCAGCAAUGACUCCGAGCGGACGAAGCUCCUCAAACAGGUGCUGCUCUCCUCGUCCAAGCUUCACAGGGAGCUUCGGGUGACCUUGGGCACCCCUGCCCCCAAAGCCAGCAAGUUCGGCUCCUUCGCGCCGAGCACUCUCAAGAAGCAACAGGAGCUGCAAGCCGCGAGUCCGCUUGCAGCAUCCUUGAAAGAAAAGCUGCAGCUUUGUGCACAAGGCGAUUCUGAUGUUUGCGAAGCCAUGACUCCACGGGAGCUCUCGCCGGUUCUGAAAUCCUGCGGAGCGAGGAUCGGCAACCUUUCGGACAGGCUUUCCACCGCAGAGGGACAACUCGUGCUUCGUGGGGGAGCUCUACCACCACGAGAGGAGGAGGAGACUCAUCUGAUCGAAAUCAUCCCGCGUGGUCAGCAGGCAUCAGCAGCCACGCGGCACAAAGCCGAAGCUGCGGCAGAGCGUGCGCUGCAGCAGCAUGCUCGGUUUGCCGCCUUGGAGGACUUGCAGAAUACUUUGCAGACUCGAUUUAGCUAUGAGGACUUGCGUCAGUCUUUCCCUCGCCGAUCACGCUGGAAUCCGAACCUCUACUUGCUGACAGAUGAGACGUUGAAGAAUCCAGCAGAAUUCAAGGAAGCUGUUUGGCGGAAGCUGCCGAAGGAGUCGGAGGCAGAUACCGAUGCCCCUCGUGGAACUGUUCGCUGGCGCAGGACACAUUUGAUUGCAAAGUCAGUUCUACUUGAUGGUGGUAGAAAGUCGGCAGACCAAUAUGCACUUCUCAAGCGGCAGUCAGGAUAUUCCGAGACCCUAAACCACAAACCCUAUGACCCGAAGCCUGAAAAACGAAGUGACCCAGGCUGCUGCAGUUCUGCAAUACUGUACAGCGAGGCCUGCUUGAGAAGCGAAUCUACAAAGAAAGGAUGGCUGCUGAGUUUCAUCAAUCUAGAGCUACAUUUCUCAAAAACACAGAAUUGGAAAAUCCUCCGCGCUAGAUGA